AUGCUUGAUAAUGUUCAUGACUGGGCUGGUCAAUCCUGGAGGCCCUUUACCUUCUAUGCUUUCAGAAGCUUUGAUGUGGAGGCUGAGUAUGAGAGGGAGUGCUAUCCUGAACAAGCUGACCCUGAGUCAGUAUGUCUGCCAUGCCAGGUUUCUGAGGAGCCUAAAGAGGCUUCUGGGCUCACUCUUGGAUCUAUGGUGUCUCUCUUUGAAGUAAAGAAGUUGAUUAAAAAAGGAAGUUUUGGCAAGGUGUAUCUGGCAUCUCACGUAUUUAGUGAAAGAGUAAAGGUUGCCCUGAAGUAUAUCGUCAAGCGCAACAGAAGAAACCCUCUUAAAGAUGAUCAUUCCACACCUGUGCUUGCGGAAGUGGCAAUGCUGUUUAGAUUGAUGAAAGAUCCACCAUGUCCCAACAUCAUCAGAUUACACGACUGGAUUGAGAAUGAGAGCGACUUCGUUCUCAUUAUGGAGUACCCAGAGUCAUGCCAGACCUUGACUCGUUACAUCACAUUUACACUGGACAUCGAUGAAAACCAAGCCCCUGGGUUAAUGCGUCAGUUCAUCCGAGCUGUAAAGUUCUGCGUUGAUCGUGAAGUUUUUCAUAGAUUGGAGCUCAAAUUGAUCGACUUUAGUUGUGCUCUGCCAAUUACCAGCGAGCCUUUCAACAGCUCUGAAUAUCAGGGAGCAAGACUUUUCAUGCCACCUGAGAUUUUAAGGCAUCCCACAUACCAUGCUAACCCGGCAUACGUAUGGGCAGCAGGCAUCGUGCUGUUUCAAAUACUGCAUUCAUGUUUGCCCUUUGAAAACACACAAUCGAUAAAGAGCGGAUCCUUUUACACAAGCCCCACUUUAUCUUCAGCAUGCCAAGACCUGAUUUUCCAGUGUUUGAACCACAGUCCAGUUAAUCGACUACAGUUACAUCAGGUAGAAGAGCACCGGUGGUUCAAUCCAACGAGCCCAAAUCCUGUGCAGCAGUGA